GUUAACAAACCCGAGGGUUGGUCCUUCCUCAUUCUUCUUACAAAGUGAAACAUGAGCUGUUGUUUGGAUAUUCAGGUCCUGUACUAAUGGCAGGACGUCUAGCUCUGCGUUCAGCUGAGGCACCAGCUUUUCGUGUGUUCCUGAGGUCCACCACAACAAGUCUGGACUUAAAGAGAAAUGCAGGAGAAAAUGCAACAUCUUCUGUCCCUCCUGGGAGCAUCAGGACUGAGGCUGAACUCCCUGAGGUUUCUCUUCCCAAAGUACUGUACAGGCUGAUUUUUCAAGGGUACUACAAUCGCAUGCAUGAGCUGCAGUUAUAUGAGAAGCAGCUUUAUGGCCCCAUUUAUAAAAUAAGAGGUGGGGACAAGCAUACAAUUGCACUGAAUAGUGUGGAGCUGCUGGAGGAGCUGAUGAGGAAAGAUGACAAAUUCCCUACCAGAGGAGACAUGGCACUCUGGACUGAAUACAGAGAGAAGAAUGAUUUGGGUUAUGGACCUCUCACUAAGGAAGGAGAGAAAUGGUUCAAACUCCGAUCUGUGCUGAACAAGCGUAUGCUGCAUCCAAAAGACUCUGUGAAGUAUGACAAUGUGGUUAAUGAGGUGGUCACAGAUUUUAUCAAACGGAUAUGUCAUCUACGCAAGAUGAGCUCCACUGGAGACCUGGUACCCAACAUAUCCAAUGAGCUGUACCGUUUCAGUCUAGAAGGGAUUUCCCGCAUAUUGUUUGAGACUCGUAUUGGCUGUCUUGAAAAUGAGAUUCCGGCAGAGACUCAAAACUUCAUCAACUCCAUUGCCCAGAUGUUCACUUAUACUAUGGCUGUGAGCCUGUUACCCAAGUGGACUCGCAAUUAUUUGCCAUUCUGGCAGCGUUACACACUCGGAUGGGAUGGAAUCUUCAGAUUUGCCGGCAAGUUAAUUGACAGGAAGAUGGAGGACAUUCAGCAGCGCCUGGAUGCAGAUCAGGAAGUUGCAGGAGAAUAUCUCAGCUACUUGCUUUCUAACACCAACAUGAGUAAGAAGGAUGUAUACGGCAGCGUUACUGAGCUACUUCUGGCAGGAGUUGACACAACAUCCAACACCAUGAUGUGGGCCUUGUACUUACUGUCACAAGAUCCAAAGGCACAAGAUGCACUGUAUCAGGAAGUUAACAGUGUCAUCAAGGGGGACAACAUUCCAACAGCUGAGGAUAUAAACAAAAUGCCCUAUCUCAAGGCGGUCAUCAAAGAGACUCUAAGAAUGUACCCAGUGGUUCCCAUGAAUGCACGCCUUCUAUCAGAAAAAGACGUGAUUAUCGGAGGACACUUCUUCCCGAAGAAGACCACAUUUAUAAUGCAUCAUUAUGCAAUUGGACAUGAUGAGAUGAUAUUUCCUGAACCAAGAGUCUUCAAGCCUGAGCGUUGGUUAAGGGAUGGGAGGGAGCGUCCCAGCCCAUUCGGAUCCAUUCCAUUUGGGUUUGGAGUGAGAGGGUGUGUGGGCAAACGUAUCGCUGAACUGGAGAUGCACUUGGCUCUGGCAAGGGUAAUAAAGCUGUUUAAAAUCAAGCUGGAUCCCAAUGUGGGAGAUAUCAAAGCUCUCAGUCGCAUUGUGCUUGUGGCAGACAAAACAGUCAAUUUUAAUUUUCUGGAGCGGAAAGAAGUAACCAGUUAAACCUGCUCUAAGCUUUAAAAUCCACCAAACAUCCAUACACCCUUUAUAAAAACUAUUUCUAAAGACCCUUUCUCCAAAGAGGUGCAUGUGCACAGUGCCAUGGUAUUUCACUGUAACACCAUCCUGCUAUAUUGUUAAACUAUUCUGCACAGAGACUGUUCAAUCACCUGUGAGGAACUCAUAGGAAGUCAUUCUAACAAUUUUAUGUAAACUCUGUAAUCUCAUUGGUGUAUGUAUUUCCUGAUGCGAAUGAAAAACCUCAAACAUGAA